GUGCUGGGGAUGCGUUGCGGGAGCAGGCACAAAAGGGUACUCAGGUUUACUAGGCUUGUAAAGACUACUGAAUUCCUUACCAGGCUCUGUCUCAGGUAAAUGCUGAACAGCUGUGGGCACCAGCCUGGAUCAGAGCAUCAUACAAGUGAUGUGAACAUUGCAGUGUAAGAGCUGGAAAAGUGCAUUUAACAUCCUAAGAUAACAGGUUGUUUUUAAUUGUUUGUUCAAAACAUCUGUAAGUAACAGUCAUGCUAAGGGAUACCAUGAAGUCCUGGAAUGAGAGCUCAGACGUCUAUAGCAGUGACCAAGAAGAGGAAGAAGAGGAGGAGGAAAUGAUAUUUGGAGAAAAUGAUGAGGACCUUGAGGAGCUGAUGGAUCUCAGUGAUCUUCCCACUUCACUUUUUGCUUGUAGUGUUCAUGAUUCUGUCUUUGAAGUGGAAGAGCAGAAGGAAAGAUUUACUGCUCUUUUCAGAAUAUAUGAUGAGCAGGUAUCAUUCCAGAUGUUCAAAAGCUUCAGGCGAGUGAGAAUUAAUUUCAGCAACCCAGAAGCUGCAGCAAGGGCAAGAAUUGAGCUGCACGAAUCAGAUUUUAAUGGGAAAAAGUUAAAAUUAUACUUUGCACAGGUACAAGUGACUAAUGAAGAGGGUGACAAAUCUUUCCUGUUACCACCCCAACCAAUGAAGCAGUUUCUGAUUUCACCUCCUGCGUCCCCUCCAGUAGGUUGGAAGCAGAGUGAGGAUCCAACGCCAGUUAUUAACUAUGAUCUGCUGUGUGCUGUUUCCAAACUUGGCCCAGGAGAGAAAUAUGAGCUCCACGCAGGAACGGAAUCCACACCCAGCGUAGUGGUUCACGUAUGUGAAAGUGAGAAUGAAGAAGAGGAGGAUGACGUAAAGGCGCCCAAACAGAAAAUAGUACGGACAAAGCGCCCUGCUCACCCUCCUGCAGUUUUAAACUAGUCCAAAUCUUUUAAUCUAUUCUAAUGUAGAAUGUGCAGAAAAAAUAUCUAUAAAGGGAAAUGUAGUUCUUACUAUUCAUACAUUGUACAUAGCUAAAGACAAUCUAGGUAAUCAUAUCAAAAGUGGUAUAAAUGCUGUAUUUAUUUUUAUGGAUUUGUAUGUUUUUAUUUGCUAAUGUGCGUGAAUGUGUGUGUCUGUGUGUGAUAUCAGUGUUUUAACUCUUUUGCUUGCAGCAAAAGUCUUAACUGCAGUAAACAUUUUGUAGCUCAUGUGAUGAUUUAAAAGGAUCAGUCUCUCCUAGCUGAAAAGCACCCUGACAGUACUACUUCUAAUGGGUUACGUGUGGAGUAGAGAAUAACCCAACAAACAGAAUUUAGAAUUGAAUAUGUAUUUUAGUUCAGAAGAACACGCACACAUAUAUGUAUUUGUUAUUUAUUUAUUUUUUUCUGUAUUUAAUUUAGUGUGUAGCACUACUAAGUUACUACAGAAAGGCAACUAGAAGCAUGUGGCAGGCCACAUAUUGAAUGGUCAAAAGGGGUCUGCGCAGUGACAUGCUAAGUAUAAUUAUUGGGUUGUACCAAGUUUGGUGCCCCUUUUAGAGGAAAUGCAUACAACUGUUGUAGGCUCCAGCAGGUUUACAAUAGAAAAAAUAUAACUUCAAUGCGAGUUGCUUCUAUUUAAAAGGGAAUGUUUUGACAUAUAAUAGAAACUGCUCAAAUAAAAAGAAAUUUUCACAUAAAAUAUCAUCAGGUGCACUGGGCACACUGCAAGUUUCUGGAAUUAUUAGAAGUAUUUUACAGCAUUCUUUAAUGUGGCUAACACCCUACUGUAUCUGCCAUGAAUUGUUCAGCUAGUAUGGUACCUGGAACUGCUAUGGUAUACUCAUCAUUCUCAGCUAUUCAGUGAUUGCUUGUUCCCUGUCUGAUGGAUCAUUUCACUCCUAUUCAUAUAUACAUUUUUCAUCACAGGAUGAAGAUGAUGGCUUUGGAUAUACCUUAAUGGGGAUAUAAACCCCCACAGUAUAAUAGAGCAAUUCACUUUUCUGAAUGAGCACUAAAGAUUCUUUUGUUGUUUGCCGCACAUUUACUGGGCUGUUUGCUAAGAACAUGAGAUGGCUCUUCUUAUCAUAUGUUUUUCUUCCAUUGCUAAGCAAUGUAGUUUUUCCCAUUUUUUUUUUUUUAGUAGAAAUAGUUCUGUGUUAGUUCAAUAAGUACUAUUUUUAAUUAGUUAAAUUUAUUAGUUACUGACAUGAAACUGACUCUAUUGUUUGUGAUACACAGAGUUACUAGUAGCAGCUGCUUGUCAUGGCUACAAAUAUAGACAAUGCUGAUAAUCUACUGAUGUACUCUAUGGGGCUGAUUUACUAAUCCACGAAUCCGAAUGGGAAAAAUUCGGAUUGGAAAACGAACAUUUUGCGACUUUUUCGUAUUUUUUGCGACUUUUUCGUAGCCGUUACGACUUGCGCGAAUUGUCGCGACUUUUGCAUAGCCAUUACAAAUUUCGUGAAUUGUCGCGACUUUUUCAUAGCCAUUAUGACUUUCAUGAAUUGUCGCGACUUUUUAAUUGCCAUUACAAAUUUCGUGAAUUGUCACGAGUUUUUCAUGGCCAGUACGACUUUCGCGAAUUGUCGCGACUUUCGUAUUGAGCGCUCGAAAAAGUCGCAAAAUACCGAUCAUUACGAAAAAAACGCAUUCGGACGCUUUUCGGACGUUUGUGGAUUAGUAAAUGUGCCCCUAUGUGUGUUUUGGCAGAGGCAAUUCGCAGUACUGUCUACGGCAGGGUAUUUUCUGGUGUUUAGUAGCCAUGACAAGUACCUGCUACAAAGUAGCUCUGUCUGUCUUCACCCAAACAAAAGUAUUACAGAACUAGUGUGAAUUUUGCUCUGUAGUGUGUCAAGUGCUUAUGUGGUUGGUAGAUGCAUACUCUUGUUUGUCAGCUGUGUCAAACUGAAAGCCUGUGCAACUGAGGAAGGCCUACCUACAGAACAGAAAGCACACUUUGCAUGGAACAAUAUAUGUUUAUUACACAAUAAACGGACUGUUGAAAUCAUUUUAUCUGUGCUCAUUGGUUUGGCUUUAUAUUGAACCCAUGCAUGGACAAAGGCUUCAAGGAAUGAGCUCUUUCAAUGCCAUCUGCCCCAGCUGAUGAUUUUAUAUCCACAGACUUUUCCACUGUCAUUUUUCUCUUGUAAAAGGCCUACACAACUAGAAUUUUUUUAAUCAUUUCAGCCAUAGCCAGAACUUGUGAUAUGGAGCUUAGGCAUGUGCCUAGGGUGCAGCUGGGGGGUUGGUACAGUUCCCCCAGGAAAAUAAAUUUUUUGUGUGAUUCCAGAGUGAGAGGCAGGUGGAGGUAGCUGGCCAACUGAUUGCAGCUCCUGUUAAACUUAUCCUCCUCUACCUUCCUAGCUCUAGCUUCCUCCUCUACCUGUAAUUACCAAAUAGUUGAGCCUCUGUAACUCCACUGCCUUUUUUUGCAUGGUUGUAUGGCAAAGGCAUGGCAUGGCUGCACGGCAAUUUCUUUUUUAACUCAGACAUGGAGAAAAUUACUUUCAUUGUGCUUUAUUUUGGUAGUUACUUAUAUCUGUAGAAAUGGCAGUGAGUGGAGAGAACACUUAUACGGCAUAGUGCAUUUAGGAUGAAUACUGCUUAUAUAUUUGACACGUCCUCCUUUUAAAAGAUGUGCUUUGUUUAAAUAUAGGCUUCUUAAAAGGUUUUCUAUACUUUAAAUGGUUUUGCUUUCUAUUACCGUCUGGUUGUUGCCUGGUUGUGUGCUAAGGCAAACAUCCUUUGUGCAGAGGCCCGGGUGGUUAUUAUCCAGCUAGCUUCUGAUAUAGAAUGUUUUCUGACAGCUAGUCCUUUGUAAGGUCACUGUAGUAGAAGCUGUUGCAGAUUAAUCGUUCCAGAGACAAAAACAUGGUGUUUGUAUAAAGGUAUAUUCUUCUGACACACAUUUUCAUAUUUCUUUGAAUUAUAGCAUAACGUUGAUAUGCAAACAAGUAUUACUAAGCUAAGCUUUUAAUAUAUGGGGAACUUAAUUUACACAGGCAUUUAUAAAAUUAAGUCAAUUCAGGUGACCUUGAAUGUUAACCAAAGUAGAACAUUAAAGGGCAACCAAAGCCAAAAGUGUUGGGGCAGAUAUAGUUAAGGUUUGGGGGAAAUUAAUUUCUUGUGUACUUUAUUUCACCAAUGAAAAAAUUAAGAGGCUGAAUAAGGGAUCUUUCCAUUAUUUGGAUCUCCAUACCUUAAAUGUGCUUAAAAUUAUUCAAACAUUAAAUAAACCCAGCAGCCUGAACCUGUCAGAGACCCACUUCUGUUGUGCAGAUGUCAGCUCGAAUCUGCGCGACCUGGACAGGUUUUUUUUUUCUUUUUAUAGCUUUGUAUUUUGAAAGUCAUAAAGCAAUCCUAUCUGAUUGCAGAUACCCCUAUGGUUUUUGUUUGCCCAUAUAUGUUUCUACUGGAUAUAAACUGCAUAAAGCCUAUAGAGUAGUGAAUGUUUUGCUGCGGGAGGCAUCCUUUGAAAAGCACUUUAUUCUUUUUCCCUGACAUUACAUAAAGAAAAAGUUUAGUGGUCUAUGUAUUUUUGUGUUUAGAUAAGCCAUAUUGAAUGUGUAUGAUAAAUUGUCUAGUUGAUUGUACGUACUGACUUGCACAGGCCCCACUUCAAAGCUAUAUGUAUUCAGAACAGUACGAAAAUGUAUGUUUGUGAUUGCGUCUCUGUCAAUAAGUAUGUUAACAGUAUCCUUUACAAAAACAACCUUUUAAUUAGCAGAUUAUAGGAAAUCUAGAUAAAUGCAGAUACAGUAAAUGAUCAAUAAAGUGUAAUUAUUGUACCUUGAUGCAAUUGUAUCUGUACACGAUUGUAGUCUAAAAUAUUUUCAUGGCUUUUUUGGGCUGAUCAUUAAAUUAUGCCUUUGAUUUCUGAGAACUCAUCACCAUAGAACUGUUUAGACUUCCUAGACCCUCCCAAAAGUACAGGGAUUUCUGAUAUCCAUAUUACUGACUGCAGCCAUGAGAGUAGCUUCAAAAUAUUAGUGGUGGCUAAUGGGCUGUGACUGGUUGUGAAGCACGGACUUUAUAUACACAAAUGGAAGUCAAUUAGACCUUAGGCCUCAUUUGCAAAGCUGAAUGCAGAGUGCAAAUUACAAAAAAAAGGUUACAAUCUGCAAUCUUUUUGCUCUUUGCACAGUGCUUUCAGUGGAGACCUGUGGUGUAGCCUUUAGAUCCCGUACUGACUGUGUUAGUGCAGGAUCUAAGAGAAGCGGGAAGCAUGUAGGCAUCCCUUUGCCCACCCCCCUAGGGAGCAGUGGGACGCACAGCCAACAUCAAGGCCCUGUCCUGGUGCUGCUCUCUGUACUGAGCACUGAAUUUUUUAUCCGCAAUGACCACAGCAUGCAUUUGGGGGGCAAGUGCUCCCAGAAUAAGCAUUAAGCGGUAAAUGGCCCCUCCUGUGUUUGUGAUGUAGAUGGUGCAGCUUUUGUUGAUACACAACCUUUUAAUAAAAAAAUGACAAAGCCCACCUGUUCCUAUUGCAUUCCUACCAACAUGCUAGUUUUUAAGUAAAAGAAGUCACCAUGUUGUUUUAUCUAUUGUAGCUGAAGUAUGGAGUAUGUAGAGGUUUUUUUUUAUUCCAUUAGUAAUGUUGUGUACUCGUAUGACCAAAUGUAUUUUUUUGUAUUAACUAGAUACUGUAGAUGAUACUUUUGAUACUUUGAGAUAAAAUUAUAUAAUUUGCCAUGGUUCACUGUAUCUGUAAAGCCUUAUGACCUUUUAACAUGUCAGUAUACAUUGAUACAGAUUUCUUCAGUCUCAUUUACCAAUGCAAGUGCAAAGUGCAAAAUUACACAUUUAAUUCCUACCUACAUGUACAUAUGCACACUCUUUGCAACUUGUUCCUAACACCAGUUGUACCAGUUGAACACAGGCAUACAGACAUAAAAGAAGCCCUGUAAUUAAGACCUGCCUUCCUUCAGGAGGUAUAAUUUAAAGGGUAUCCUUUGUGUUUUGUGCAUACAUAUGCAUCUCACCUAGUGAAUUGCACCCUGUGCCACUAAUGACACGAUGCAGACCAAUCAAUACAAGCACCACAACAAUUUACCAGUACAGAUACUAAUGUGCACAUGCAUUGGUACAUGGCAUGUAUGUUGUGGCCUCAGUUACACUAGACAUUUGGGGAAAUGUAUUAUGGAUUUUUGCACCUAGCACUUGCACUUGUGUUUCUUCAUGAGCCCCAGUAUUUUUAACUGAAAAACCUCCUGCUUUGGCUCUUGUACCCUUGGAGAGGUAAUACAAAUGUUGCAAAGUUUGUGCCUGGCCUAAUAACCCAUAGCUGCCAAGCAGAUGUUGCUUUCAGAUAGGCGACCAGUUAAAGCUACUUGCUGAUUGGUGGCUAGGGAUGAUGAAAAUGAUGCCUGAUGCAAAUUAUACCUAUUGUGGCCAUGGCUUACUAGACCUGGUACAAACUUUUAUUAUGUUACUUCAGUAUUCUUUAGGGCUCUUGUAGGUGUUAUUUAUAAUAAAGUAAUUUGUAAAAGCCAACAUUCCAUUAACAAUCCAUGUCCUACUGAUUUCCUAAUAAAACAAAAGUAUGGACAAUAAAUUAACUAACAUUUCCAGACACAUAAAAUGAUUCAUGUAAUAACAAAUAUUCAGUUGUGCUUAGCAAAUAUUUAUUUGUUUCAAAAUGCAAACUUAAUGACCAAAACAUUUGAAGAAGUACCCAAUAUAUAUUAUCAUAAGUGAGAUUUAGUUCUACUGUAUGUAAUGAUUGUUAUUUAUUCAUGGGGGAUGGGCAUUUAUCCAGUGUAGAAUUGGGCCUAUUACUUUAGCUAUGGCAUGUACAAACUGCACCAAUGUAUUAGUUUUACAAAUCUUGGUACAUCAGGUCCAAGCAUGCCCUGGCCCCCAUAUUUAACAGACCAUAAAUGUAUUUUUAUUGGGAAGCUACUGUCUGUGGUUCAUCAUAGAUCAUCAUAGUACAAAAAUAGGUAACAGUGUAAACACUGAGCUUAUUUUACUGUUAACUUUCUUUCACUCCCUUCUGUGCCUUUAGGAAAAAUUCCUUGUUAAAUAGGACUCCUUUUUAUGUCUCAUUAUCAUAUGGCUUAGAAAAAAAUGUCACAACAAUUCAGUACUUUACCAGGAAUUUGUUAUUAUUUACAUACCUUUUUAAGAUAGUUAUACCAAAGUUAUGUUGUGCAGUGGCUUGAGCAUUCCACAGCAUUUGAAACGAUGGCAUAAAAAAAUGUCUCAUUGUUAUUGUACAAAGCUGUUGUUGGAAUAUGUACAGUAUGUGUGUAAUAAAAUCUAUCUAUUG